AUGCAGGGGCUGCAGGGGCUGCAGGGGCUGGAGCUGCGGGGGCAUGGCCAGGCCUGGUUUGAGGGCCCGCUAGAGGCACAGCAACAGCAGCUAGGUGCAGGGGCCUUUGGUGAGCUGCGGGGCAGCCCCAGAUACUCAGAGCCCGGUAGUCCGCAGUUAGCCCAGAGUCAAAAGGUGAACAUCUGUUUGAGACUCUGACUCCGGGGAAGGAGUUUAUUCUUUGAACAUGCCAGUUCCUGUGCCAUCCAGGGCGGGAAGGGAAGGCCAAGGAAGCAGGGCUUGUGGCAGCGGCAGGUAAAUGGGAGGGCACAAGGGAGGAGGGCCGAGCACAGAUGCCCAGAACUCCUCUCUCUAGGGGCUGCCAAUGCAGCCGAAGGAGGAGAUGGCUCAGCCAGGCUUCCCCAGGGGUGGAGGGGCCCUACCAGUGUCUCUAAGGCCUCCCCUCAGUCCCCUUAGUUGGGACAGAACCUCCUAU